UUCAUUAUUUUAUUUAAAAACCAACUUACGUUCACAUUAAAAUUAUAUCAAUUGAAACUGUUCUUUUGAAUAUAACUAUAUUUCAUAAUGCUAUGUUCAUAUUUAUUUAACUGCAGUAUAUUAUUAACGCAGGUCACUACAUGUUUGCCUACAUCCCCUAUGAAUAUGGAAACUCAAAGGCAGUCAUGGAAUCUGCGGGUUUCCUACUCGCCGGUGAUGCCUGCUUGAAGGUCAGCGUGUCUUUUCACGAGAACAAUAACGCCAUCUUGAAAGUGUAUGAGCACAGGAAUUCAAGCUAUUCAAAACUGGUCUUGAGCCUUUCUCAACUUCAAGUGAACUGGAGGACGGCGGAAGCAGACAUCAGUGGAUAUGCCAAGAAACUUUCUUUCAUCGCACAGUCUGGUCACAGAACUGGUGGUGGCAUUGCCAUUGAUGACGUCACAAUAGAAACGUCUCGAUGUAGUGGCGUACUGAAGGUAUCGUGUGAUUUCGAUGGCGGGACGUUGUGUGAUUACACCCAGGCCUCCGACGACUCGUUCGACUGGACUAUCAAGACGUUCUCGCUCCACAACGCACUGGGCAAAUCCAGCCUGGAGAACAGUGAUCACUUUAUCGAAGCGGAUGGAAUGUCGCGGACUCCUGGUGAGAAAACAAGAGUGUUCUCCCCUUUGCUCAAUUCGUCCGUCCCACAAUGCCUCAGCUUCGUGUACAAGAUCGAUGGGCCUUAUGUUGGAAUACUCUCAGUUUGUACUCAAUCCGAGUUUGAUGGAGAGAUGUUUCUGAACUGUAACGUGUGGUUUCGAUCAACAAGCAAGUCAAACGACUGGACAAUAGGCCGGGCACAAAUACCCCCGUCUCAAAAUUUCCGUAUAGGACUACAGGCCAAAAGAGGAACUGUUGGCGGGAAAAUAUCUGUAGACAAUGUAACAACCAAAUUUGGAAAUUGUCAGUAAAUGUACAGUUUAGUA